AUGAACAACAAUAAUGAUUUUAUUCAACUUCUGACAGAGUCCAACUACAAGAAAUUGAAACAAGAUAUAGAAUUUAGUUUGGGGAUAAUGGACUUGGACAUAUGCUUGCUAGAAGAUGAACCUGCUUCUCCUACUGAUUCAAGCACUACUUCCCAACGUAGUCUCCAUGCCCAAUGGGAAAAGUCGAAUCGUCUUAGUCUUAUUGCCAUGAAAAGAAAUAUUCCUGAACAUCUACUGAGUGGCCUGCCAGACACUAAAAAGGCCAAAGAAUUUUUCAUUGCUAUGGGGAAAAUGUAUGACACUGAUGAGAAUGCAAAAAUCAACUCUCUUUUGGAUGAAAUACUUAGCAUCAAAUAUGAUGAAUCUAAGGGAGUGAGAGACUUUAUUAUGAAAUUCGUGCAUUUUGCAAUCCAUGAUCAAAAAUUGCUAAAUUGA